AGAGCAGCUGAGCAGGAGUUUUUUAGAUAAACGACACCGGCAGGCAGGAUGAGGGUGGCGGUGGUGGGCGGCGGGGUCAGCGGGCUGGCGGCGGCGCACGAGCUGCUUUCCGCGAACGGCGGCGUGCGCGUGACCCUGUACGAGCAGGAGGAGAGCCUCGGAGGGCAAGCCAGGACGGUGGCCGUCGACGACGGCGCCGGCGGUUGCGCCAAGCUCGACCUCGGCUUCAUGAGCUUCAACCAGGUAACAUAUCCCCACAUGAUGGAAUGGUUAGAAGGGCUCGGGGUGGAGAUGGAGAGAUCGGACAUGUCUUUCUCAGUGAGCACACAAUCGAAAGGCGGCGGCGGAGGAUGUGAGUGGGGCAAUGGCAACGGUAUCUCAGGCCUCUUGGCGCAAAAAACCAACAUAUUAAAACCCAGUUUUUGGCGCAUGGUCUCUGAGAUAAUCAAGUUCAAGAAUGAUGCACUGACGUACCUGGAGGACCAUGAACACAACCCUGAUCUGGACCAUAAUGAGACAUUGGGGCAGUUCAUUCAGUCGCAUGGAUAUUCCCUAUCGUUUCAAGAGGCUUAUCUUAUGGAACAGGCAUGUGGUCAUGUUCAUCACAAGAUGUUUUCAGCUUGUCUGCUUUCUUCGUGUUGUCAUUUUGCCGUAAUAAUGACCUUCUUCAGCUGUUUCGUCACACCCAGUUUCCCACUGUCAAGCCUUGUUCGCAGUCCUAUGCAAACAAGGCAAAUGCAGGGACUGAACAAUGCGACUAUUGCAGUAGGUGGUUUCAGAGUCUUGGAGAAUGAUGGGUCAGAGGAAACAUACGACAGUAAAAUUGAAUCUGCCAGGCCUUUCUUGGUGACACUCAACCCCCCUUGUGUUCCGGAUCAUGUACUGCUUAAAUGGAAUACAAGGCUUCCUGUUCCAUCUGUGGCCGUGGCGAAAGCUUAUCUUCAGCUUGAUCAGAUCCAGGGAAAGAGGGGAAUAUGGUUCUGUGGGACAUAUCAAGGUCAUGGCUUCUACGAAGAUGGACUAAAGUCCGGGAAAGCAGCAGCUCAAGAUUUUCUUGGGAAGAAAUGUGAGCUUCUGCUGAACCCAAAGAAGAUGAUUCCAUCAUGGACCGAGGCUGUGGCGCGCUUUCUUGUUGCAAGAGUUUUCAACCAAUACAUAUCCAUUGGUAACUUGAUAUUGGUCGAAGAAAGAGGUAGUGUGUUCACCUUUGGUAAAGCUUGCGACAAAUGCCGUGUAAAAUCUGUCAUCCAAGUUCAUGACCCCUUGUUCUAUUGGAAGGUUGCAAUAGAAGGAGGCAUGGGCUUGGCAGAAGCCUAUAUCGACGGUUGUUUCUCUGUUCUUGACAAGACAGAAGGCCUUCUGAAUCUUAUCCUGAUUCUCAUUGCUAACAGAGACGAGCGUAGGAACCGACGUAUUGCCAGAAAAGGGUUUUGGUUGUCACCCGUGUAUGUACUAGCUCAAUUGGCAUAUGCUAAACACUUUUUGCACCACACCUCGAUGAAGAACACUGCGACACAAACUCGUCGAAACAUCUCUCAGCACUAUGAUCUUAGUAACGAUUUUUUCUCGCUUUUUCUGGAUAAAUCGAUGACAUACUCUUGUGCAGUUUUCAAGGAUAAUGAAAGCUUAGAAGCAGCCCAGCAACAUAAACUUAGCCUUCUAAUCAACAAGGCUAAAGUCAAGAGGGGGCAUCAUGUUCUUGAUAUCGGUAGCGGCUGGGGAAGUUUAGCAAUGGAAGCAGUUAAGCAAACUGGCUGCAAAUACACUGGAGUCACUUUGUCGGCGGAGCAGCAUAAAUACGCUGAGAGAAAAGUCAGAGAAGCUGGCUUAGAGGACCGCAUAAAUUUUCUGCUGUGCGACUACCGGAAAAUACCACCUUUUAAGUAUGACGCAAUCAUAAGCUGCGGUAUGAUUGAACAUGUUGGCCAUGAAUACAUGGACGAAUUUUUUGCUUGCUGCGAGUCUUACUUGGCUGAAGAUGGGAUAUUGGUCCUCCAGUUCAUCUCAGUCCCAGAGGAACGGUACGAGCAAUACAGAAAAAGGCCAGACUUCAUAAAAGAAUACAUAUUCCCUGGUGGUUGCAUUCCUUCUUUGGCCCGUAUAAUGUCUGCCAUGACCACGUCAUCAAGGUUCUGCAUAGAGCAUGUUGAGAAUAUUGGGCCCAAUUACUACACAACUCUGAUGCACUGGAGGGACAAUUUCAUGGCCAACAAAGAUGAAGUUUUGGCCCUGGGCUUUGAUGAAAGAUUCCUCCGUAUAUGGGAGUACUACCUCAUAUUCUCUGCGGCUGGUUUCAAGUCACGAGCACUUGGAGAUUACCAGGUUGUUUUCUCUCGUCCAGGCAACCGUCGGCUAGGCCAGCCUUGAUGGCUAAAGACAGCAUAUCCUUCUCCGUUUAGCGUUCGUUACUUCUCGACUACCUACAACCUUUUUUAAUAAGUCAGUCAUGGAAUGGUUCGUUCAUACUGGCAGCCUAAUCAGGCGGUUUGGUGAUCUGUCGUGUUAUUUAAUCAUGCAAUGGUUGGUUUUUUCGUGGCAGUGUAUUCUUAUCCAUCAAUUAAUGUGUAUGUGUGUAUGCAAGUGCUACUUUAGACUGGUAACGAGAAUUUGAGAAUUGCAUGCAAGGAACUGGUUUGUUUGCUUUGGUAUCUAUCAGAAAGGGUUGAUGUCCCUUGUGUAGUUUUUGAUCUA